AUGAGCAAGAUCAUCUUCUACGAGGACAAGAACUUCCAGGGCCGCUCCUAUGAGUGCAGCAGCGAAUGCAGUGACCUGCAUUCCCACUUUAACCGCUGCAACUCCAUUAGAGUGGAGAGCGCUAACUGGAUGGUCUACGAGAGGCCCAACUACUCGGGCUACCAGUACUUCCUGACGAAGGGCGAAUAUUCCGACUACCAGCGCUGGAUGGGAUUCAACGACUGCGUGCGAUCCUGCCGAAUGAUCCCUAUGCACAAAAGCGCUCACAAAAUUAUGAUCUACGAGCGCCCGGAGUUCGGAGGCCAGAUGAAGGAGCUGACCGACGACUGCCCCUCCCUGACCGAAAACUUCCACUUCAACGACAUCUCCUCCUGCAACGUGAAGGACGGUUCCUGGAUCUUCUACGAGCAUCCCAAUUACAGGGGACGCCAGUUCCUGGUACGCCCCGGUGAAUACAGGAGGUUUAAUGAGUGGGGAAGCAUGAGUUCUAGGGUGGGAUCCAUCAGACGCAUCACUGUGUGA